UCAACUUCAUAGUCAACGAACAACCUCGCAAGCUUUUAGUUCUAGCAAAUAAUGUGUUAUUGAUCUGUGAACAUGUUCAGGACAUUGUGUAUACGUGUUUUGUGUGUGUGUGCUUUGGCCAGGACUCAAGUUAUCCCGGGGAAGGCUAGGACAAAUGAUGGAGAAUAUAAUAGUGUGAACACGGAUGGCUCUUUUGAUUUCGGAUACGCUAACAAAGAUCGAGGAGCCAGCUACCACCUAGCUCGUGGUAAUGCCAACGGGGUGGUAGGAGGCAGAUUUGGGUCCCGGGAACCCGGCACUGAAGAAAUUAAGGAAACUAUUUAUACUGCUGGUCCUAGAGGAUUCCGCGCAAAAGGUCCAAAUGUUCACAGAAAAAUUGAUCUCGACCAACGGCCAAGAGGACCGAUUGGAAACAAAGAUGAUCCCUACUUCGAUCCCAACGAAGAUCCGAGUUAUUCUUACAAAAUCGACACGAGAACUUACUCCAAAAAUGAGAACGCAGAUAGCAGAGGGGAUGUUAAAGGCCACUAUUCAUUCGUCGACGAUAUCGGCGAACGACACGACGUAUCGUACAUAGCUGGUAGGGACAGUGGCUUCCACGUAUCGUCAGCUUUCCCUGACUCACCACGUAAUAUCGGAAGCCCUUUCCAUAGAGCACCGUUAGUACGCAACGAGAAGAACCCUAGAGGCAAAACUGCCGUACAGCGAGGUUUGGAUGGCUCGUACAGAUUUAUAUCUGCUGGACCAGACCAAAGAAGAACAGAAAGCAGCGAUUCCCGCGGCAACGUCAGAGGAUCUUAUAGCUUCUUAGACGAUAAAGGAGUCCAAAGAACGGUACACUACAUAGCCGGACCUGGUAUCGGUUACCGUAUAGUGAAGAAUAGUAAUGACCCGUUCAUUCCAUCUUACUUCCCGACGCUACCAAGCCAGUAUGAUCCAGCUUUCAAUGACGUUGGACCCGUCGUAGCUUCCGUAGCACCCGCGUAUGCACCGAAUGAUGAUGGCAGUGAUGACGUGUUUAAAGGUCCAGACGGUACAGCUGCAUCAGGACAUGUAAAACCACCGCCGUUCCCCACCUCCGAACCAGACAGACCUGAUAGCGAUACUAGUUUAGGCGUCAGUAGUUCUGAAGACAGCCUCAAUGGAUCUGAUAGUUACGGUCAAACACCACCCUUAAGACCAGAAACAGACAGUGGAGACAUAAGCUACGUUGAUCAAGAUUCGUCCAGUUUUGGAGGCGUAAAACCAAGCAAAGGACCAGGCAAACCUUGGCGACCGACCAGCAAACCUUUUAGGCCGACGAAGAAACCUUACGUACCGCUAAAGCCUUCUCAAGCCCCAUUUUUUAAAGACGAAGACGAUUCUGAAGCCGACAAAAAUAAACCACAAUUCGCUGUAGGAUUUAAUGUGCACCAUAGCAAGCCCGGAUCGACUAUUAUUAAAAACAUUGGCAGCAAUUAUUUUGGAAUUCCUCCAGGAGUGUCGGUGCGGGCUCACGUUCAGAGUAUAGACUUGUACCCAUUCGGCGCUAAGCCUAUAUCGCCUUCAGAGGCGCUUGAAAACGACAAAGUGUAAUUUAUGUUUCUAAAUUAGUGCCAAGCCAUAUAAACUUCAAUAAAAUGUGUAAAUUGUGGACAUUUUUUAAAUAUAAGGUGAUAUUUAAAUAAAAAACGUUAUUAAGAA